AUGAGCAGCCAUGCCAAGUUCAUCAAACAUUUACACUUAAAAGCUCCACUGCUUGCUCACCCUCUGCGCUUUCCUCGCAACCUCCGAAGUCUUCCCUUCCAUCAGUCUUUCCAAAAAUCACAAUACCUGAUAAGUCUCUUGAAGAUGAACUUUUCGACAUCAAUGAAUGCUUUCAUAAUGAUGGUGGCAAUAGUUUGCGUUGGACUAGUGAAUGGCAAACGAGGUAAAGACACAGCGCAAAGGUUCGGCUGUCCUCACGAAAUGGUAUAUGGACAUUGCCGAUGGAUCGACGUGGAUGACAACGACUACAUCACGUGGAACGUCGCUCGUGCUCCUCGUUACGGACCUGGAUAUUCCUGCCGAAGUGUAGAUACCGCAUACUGUUGUACCGAUUUGAAUGAGACUCACUCUGUCCAAGGUAACGGCAUAAAGGCUGUCAACAAUGUCGCCCAAUUCGUAAACAGUGAUCAAUGUGUGGCCGCAAAGACUCAUUACCCAUAG